AUGAAGUUCGCUCAUAGUAUUCAGUUUAAUGCUGUGCCGGAAUGGAGCGCGCAUUACAUUGCUUAUAGCAAUUUGAAAAAAAUGAUAUAUUCGCUAGAACAACGCGCCCACAGAUCUGAUGCUCGCGACCACGCCUCUGGAGAUGUCGAGUCUGCGCCUCUUUUGAAUUCUACUGUGGACGAGGAUGCUAUAUUCAGACGUGCGCUAGACGGUGAACUGGAGAAAAUAUCCUCUUUUUACCAGAUCAAGGAAUUGGAGAUCUUUGGCGAAGUCGGUGAAGUGAUCAAAGAUGAGCAAUCGUACGCCUCGGACACGCGCGGCGUCGAUAUGGACCCCGUAAGUGAGACUGUUGUCAAGGCGCGCAGGAUGAGUUCUGGUAAUAGACCGCGGCUUGGGAGCGUUUCCCGGAAUUUUGGGUUUAGGGAUCGAGGUGGUCGACGUCCAAGCGCAAUUAGUGAGUCGCUUCAAGAUGACGAUGACGCGGAUAGCGAUGAUGAAGAGGUCCAGUCUCUAUCCGUCGCUCGCAGGAGGCGUCGCUCUCAUGGUGCUGAUUCCGGCGGCGAUGACGGGGAAAUGGGCGAUGCUCCAUUUCUCGAAGACUCGGCGGUGCUAGGGACUGCUAGCCUCGCUGGUAGCCGUCGUGGCCCUCAUGGCGAUCGCUUCAGGGAUCCGGAGUUUUUGGAUCUAUAUAACUCUGGGGUUUCAUUAAAGAAACGGGCAAUUGGGGCUUACGUCUCGCUCUGUGAGCUCAAAUCGUACAUCCAGCUCAAUAGGACCGGAUUCACAAAGGCAUUAAAAAAAUAUGACAAGAUCCUGGACCGGAAUUUAAGACGGGACUACAUGAACACAACGGUCUCUGAAGCCUACCCUUUUACUGACACAACUAUGAAGCGAUUGCAGGAAAACAUACAUGAGAUCGAAAAGGUCUACGCAAGCAUUGUCACCAAAGGAGAUGUUCAACUUGCAAAACGCGAGCUUCGACUGCAUUUGAGGGAGCAUGUUGUCUGGGAGCGGAACACCGUAUGGAGAGAGAUGAUUGGCAUCGAGAGGAAGGCCCAGGCAGCCAACGUCGGCAUCCGCAAUACUCUCCUUGGAGGACCCGAGGACCCUGCAGCGGCGCAACGACAAGGAGACGAGGCUGAGUCCCAGACGAAGGAGCUCGUAACUCCCCUAGGACGAUAUCAUCUCCCCAAGUGGAUAUUCAGUCUGAGCUUUGGAGCGCUACUUGCCAUUCUAACAAUCUUCUCCAUAUUACUCUCAGUCCCCAUCUUGAAUAAACCAGAGCAACAGAACUGUCUGGCCAUGCUGGUCUUGGUGAGCUUGUUAUGGGCGACUGAAGUCAUACCGCUUUUUGUCACUUCGCUUCUUAUUCCUUUUCUCGUCGUUGUGCUUGGCAUCAUGAGGUCCCCGGAGAAGCCUUAUAAGCGGCUGGACCCAAAGGAGGCUUCUGGCGUCGUCUUCGCGGCAAUGUGGACUCCUGUUAUUAUGCUCCUUCUGGGUGGGUUUACUAUCGCUGCCGCAUUGUCGAAGUAUGAUAUCGCUAGGCGGAUGGCCACGUUUGUUUUAAGCAAGGCUGGGACCAAGCCACAGGUUGUCCUACUUACGAAUAUGUUUGUUAGCAUGUUCUUGAGUAUGUGGAUCAGCAAUGUGGCUUCCCCAGUUCUUUGCUAUUCAAUUAUUCAGCCCCUGCUCCGUAAUCUCCCUGCCGACUCGAACUUCUCCAAAGCCCUUGUAUUGGGGAUUGCACUCGCUGCUAAUGUCGGGGGUGCCGCGUCGCCCAUUGCAUCGCCGCAGAACAUCAUUGCGCUCCAGAAUAUGUAUCCCAGUAUCAGCUGGGGCACGUGGUUCUUCAUUUCGCUUCCAGUCUGCAUCAUUUCCAUUCUGUUAAUCUGGGUUUUGUUAUUGGUUACAUUUAACCCCAGCCGGGGAACGACGAUUGUAUCCGUGCGAUAUGGUAAAGACAAAUUUUCCGGGGUUCAGUACUUUAUCACCAUCGUAACCCUGGCCACCAUCGGACUCUGGUGCGUCAGUCACCAGCUCGAGCAUACGUUUGGUGACAUGGGCGUGAUAGCGAUUAUCCCGCUGGUCCUUUUCUUUGGAACGGGCAUCCUCACCAAGGAGGACUUCAACAAUUUCCUGUGGACCAUCAUCAUUCUCGCAGCCGGUGGCCUCUGUCUCGGCAAGGCCGUCACAUCCUCUGGCCUCCUCCAUGCCAUCGCCAAGGCCAUCACGGAGCGAGUUGAACAUCUCAGUCUCUAUGGUGUAUUAAUCGUAUUCUCUGCCUUGAUACUUGUCAUUGCUACUUUCAUAUCGCACACUGUUGCGGCGCUCAUCAUCCUUCCUCUGGUCCAGCAGAUCGGUGUCAGUAUGGAUGAUCCGCAUCCCAAUUUGCUUGUUAUGGCGAGCGCAUUGAUGUGUUCGGUGGCUAUGGGGUUGCCGACCAGUGGAUUUCCAAAUAUGACUGCCAUCAUGACCGAAGUCCCAUUAACGGGUCAGCGGUACCUUACUGUCCGCCACUUCCUUACCCGAGGCAUUCCAUCGAGUUUGAUGUGCUUUGGUGUCAUUGUCACUGUUGGAUAUGGGUUGAUGUAUGUCGCUGGACUAUAA